AACAAGGUCAUCAAAAAAUUGGCCAUUGAUUAGAAUACUAAACUAUUGAACAUAUGUACUGAUCUACAUCUACUGAUUUGAAAAUAUUGCUUCCUAAAGGACUGUUGAAGUUACUCAUUUACGCUUGAAUCUAUCUUAACAUCUGAAGGUAAUGAAUUCCUCAUAAUCUAACUUUUUUUGCUUCAUGUUCGUUCCUUUUCAUUCUUUCAAGUUGAUUGUACUGUCGACUCAGUAUCGCAUCUGAUUGUUGGUCAAAUACGUGGUAGUUACUUUACUAUAGAAUGGACGAAACCACUCCUCUGGUGUCUUCCGAUAACUAUGUUGGACGCUCGGUUGUCAAGCCAGCCAUUGAGCGAGCAGUUAUUAAUGAUGGGGAUUCCCAGGCGACAGUGAACUGUCAAGUAUGCAGACAAGUUGUUACUUUUACUCCUCGUGAAAGGCAAAUGGUGGUCCGAUGUCCACACUGCUCUGAGGCAACGCCUAUCAAAGGUCCACCGGCCGGCAAGCAGUAUGUUAGAUGCCCUUGCAACUGCUUACUUGUCUGCAAUGAAUCUACUAGCAAAGUUGGAUGCCCUCGCCCAGAAUGUCAAAAGGUUAUUGUUAUUCGUGAAGAAGAUGGUAUGGGAUUUAUGGGUGGCAACAAUAGGUUUCUACAAGGUCCAGCCACACACGGAACAUUUGGUACUCCUCAAAGUCUACGACUGUCAUGCGGUUAUUGUAAUUCACCAUUUUCCAUACCAUCACCAGAAUCUCAUUCGUUUGGGCGUGCAAAUGCACUAAUUGCACUUCUAUCUGGUAGAAACGCUUCCAGUGCUGCAGGACUCAUAACAGCAAGGUGUCCACAUUGUCACAAAGUUUCAUCUGUUGGUCCAGCCUUUGCUCGAGCGCACUGGAUAGGUUAUAGUAUAUUUGCUGUCAUUGCUAUUAUCAUAGCCAUUAGUGUAACUGCGGGGACAGCUGAAGCCGCGAUAAAAAACAACGCUUUGUACUUUCUUUGGUCAAUUCUCUAUCUAGUUGCCUUAAUUCUACUGUCCCGUGCAGUAGUAUUCAUGAUUAUGCCGGUCAGUUCAGUGGAAGUACCUACUUUACAAAUCUAGCUAAAUAAUUACUAUGAAGACAAUAAGAAUAAUCACAUUUCAGAACAGUUCUUGCUUCUAAUCCCGUCAUGUUUCUUGUUAGCAUAUUGCUGAUUUCUGAAGGGAUGGUUAAUCUUUAGAAGACAGAACUGAUCAACAUCAUUUUGAUUUAUUUUUUUAUUGGAUUGGUCAGUAUGUAAUUAAUAAUUCCGAAAUUCUAUCACCGAUAAAUUUGCAUACUGCGUUUACAUCGUAUUUUAAUUUCAAAAAAUCGUAUGGAUAAUAUACAUUCAUGUUUGUUGCAGACAUCAUAAUUUUCUUCGCGUUGAGUAAUGGUUAUGUUCAAACUAUAUUUAUUAUCUGAUUACACGAGUACACUGUAAUUUCAUCCACAGCUAACCGAAUGUAGAGCAAGUUUUGCAAGCUGUCUAUUAAUCACGUGUAUAACAACCGUAAAAACGUAUUCUAUAUAGCCCCGGUUUUUCUUGUUAAAUAAUCAUUUAUUUUCUAAUUAUCUAUUAUAUUUGUGGAAUUCAUCUCUUUGUUAUCAGUAUCAUUAUUUCAUCUGUUACUUGAUUAAUUUUGCAAUUAAGUCAUGUUUAUACAGCU